CUUGCAUCGAAAAGAGUGAAGUUAAAAGAAGGACACUGGGCGAAAAUUGGAUGCAUUUUAAGUUUUUUUGAAGCCUAAAAUGCAUUAACUUUUAACACUUGCAAGUUGUUACAGCGAAGGAAUACCGUAAUUUGUCUGGAGAAAGUCAUACAAUGGAAUGUGUGUCGGCGUAGAUGAUCUUCUUCAUGCUGCUGUCUGAAGAGCUUGGGCAGAAGAAGAGCAACAAGCAUGGACGUGGAAGACUUUCCUCCCCCACCUCCUGAAAUGUUGGCGGACAGCGUCCCAUUUGCUGAUGAAGAUGAGGGGGAAGCCUUUGACUUUGAUGACAGUGGUGAUGACAUUCCUGAGGCUGACAGCCUGCCCCCUGCACCUCCACCUCCUCUAGCCCCCAGCCGAAAGGAACAGAGCCAGGACAACAUGGUGGCCAGUCACCCUGAAGGCCCUAUUCCCAGCCUGGAACCCCCAGCACCUUCAACAACAUGUGACACAGCUCCAUCAGUAGACACAGCAGCAGCCACAGGCAGAUCCCUCUCAACAGGUGGAGCAACAGCAGAAGGAGAGGGGACAUCUGCUCCUGAGGGAAUUGAUAACAUAGACGCAGACUUACCACUUCCUCCACCUCCUCCCCUUAAUGAUGAUGACACAGAGACAGAUCCUGGAGAAACAGUCAGAGAAGGCCAGGAUGUUUCCAUCAAUGACCCUAGCACUCUUCCGCCAGUACCCAGGAGCUCCUCUCAGGGCAAAGUCAAUCCUUACUCUGUGAUUGACAUUACCCCUUUCCAACUGCAGCAGCUGGAGCAGCACCAUGGACCCUCCUCUUCCCCUUCCACACCAGUAGAGCUGAAGGAAGGAGCAGGAGAAGCUCAGGAUAUCCACUCCAGCCCUGGUGGCAUCACUUCCGGAUACUCAGUGCCGGUUCCCUGUGGCUAUGCAACCCCCUCGGGUGUACCACUCAUCACACCAACUUACACCACACCCGUCAUCAUUCGGCACCUCUCCGUGGAUGAGGAUGUCACUGUUGUUGGGACUGGCAACACCUCUGUGGACAGUGUUUUCAGUGAGGAAUAUCCACCAAUAAGAGAGGAGGAUGCUUUGGCUAAAUGGGCGUCAGAUCCUGCCAACACUGCAUGGAUGGAAAAUCCUGAUGAGGUGAUUUAUGAUGACGUGCCCAGAGACAACUCCGACUCCAACACAGAUCCAGAGGAGAUGAUCUACGAUGACGUCGAGUUCGGUGAGGAGGGUGGCUGCAACAGUUCCCUCGACAACGGCUGGAGCUCCAGCGAGUUUGAAAGCUAUGACGAGGCGAGUGACGGGGAAGGUCGCGCUGAAAACGGCCUGCCCCAUGCCUUCAUGAGAGGAAAGCCACCGCAGAGGAAAACACACCUCUCUCAAGAUCUGACACGCUUGAAAGAACACUAUGAGAAAAAGAUGAAAGAUCUAAUGGCAAAUACAGUGGGAACGGUAGAGCUACAGCAGCUAAAACAGAAACACGAGCAGAAGAUGCAAAAGCUGGUGAAGGCAGCUAAGGAUGGGACCAAAGAUGGGCUUGAGAAAACCAAAGCUGCGGUAAAGAAGGGACGCUCCUUCAUCAAAACCAAGUCAUUUUGUCAAGAGAGGAAGUCGGCCUGUUUUGAGGAUGAGGAGUCUGAGCUCUUCAUUGAGGUGGACUGUUUCAGUGAGCCAGUUCUGUGUCCAGCACCAGAGGGUCUUUCACAGCAACAGCUGGUGAGAAGAUGUAUACUGGGAUCUAUUUUGGAAAGUGAGAAGAACUAUCUGGACGCACUGAAGAGGAUAUUAGAGCACUAUGAGAAGCCCUUGUCUCAGAUUGAGCCAAAGCUGCUGAGCGACAGGAAACUGAAGAUGACCUUCUAUCGUGUGCGGGAGAUCCUGCAGAGCCACUUCCUGUUCCAGAUCGCCCUGGCAAGCCGUGUCGCUGAGUGGGACAGCCUGGAGAUGAUCGGGGAUGUCUUUGUGGCAUCGUUCUCCAAGUCCAUGGUGCUGGAUGCCUACAGUGAGUAUGUGAACAACUUCAGCACUGCGAUGGCGGUGGUGAGGAAGACGUGUGCCUCCAAACCUGGCUUCCUGGAAUUCCUCAAGCAUCGUCAGGAGAGCAGCAGUGACAGAGUGACUCUGUACAGCCUGAUGAUGAAACCUAUCCAGAGAUUUCCACAGUUCAUACUGCUUCUUCAGGACAUGCUGAAGAACACACCAGUGGGUCAUGCAGACCGUCUGCCACUGCAGAUGGCCCUGACCGAACUGGAGACACUGGCAGAGAAGCUCAAUGAAAAGAAGAGGGAAGCUGACCAGCGCUGCGAGAUCCGUCACAUUGCAAAGGCCAUGAACGAACGCUACCUCAACAAGCUUCUGAGCAAUGGCAGCCGCUACCUGAUCCGCUCAGACGACAUGGUGGAGACGGUCUACAACGAGCGUGGUGAAAUCAUCAAAACUAAGGAGCGACGCCUCUUCCUGCUCAACGAUGUCCUCAUGUGUGCCACACCCAAUAUACG